GAGGAAUACUGGUUUCUUGUUUGCCAUCGCACCAUGACGUCACAUUAAUCGUUAUCAAUUUUUUAUCAUCCCAAAAUUUUUGAAAAAUAUUUUUGAAUUUUGAUUUUUUGUGCAAGUAAUUUUGGUUUUGUCGAAAAGUUUUCCCAAUCUUUUCGUUGUCAUUCCGACAUAAAUUGAGCCAUUUCUAUGACCGAAACUCUUUCAUAAAGCGCCUACACUAUGGACAUUCAAAAGAUACCUCCUAUUCACCAAAAACGAAUCGUCACCUUUAUGAAUUACUUCAUCGUUGAUACAGUUUCAUUUCUGAAUAAAUUCAUCAAUUCAACAGAAGAUUCGUUGUGGAAGAUAGAGAAAAGAAUGCGUAAAUUAGAAACGUCCUUAAAACUUCUAGAAAUGAAAUUGAACUGUAUACCCGAUCUACAAGAACCCAAGAAUGAUCUCAAAACAUCUGCACCUGAAGAGAGUUCCUCAACGCUUGCUACAUCUUCCACAAAUCAGACUGAGACUCCGGAAGUGAUUAUUGAUAGUACUGAACAGCACGCAGAGGCUGCCGAAAAUACAAAAGAAGAGGUACCAGCAGAACUUCAGAAGUAUUACAAAAUGUAUCAAGUUGGAGUACCGUUGAAUGCUGUGAAAAAUAAGAUGAAACUCGAAGGAUUUGAUCCAGAUUUACUAAAAUUGCCUUAAUGCCCCCAUACCAAUUUUGUGAUUUUUAUAAUCAUGUAAUGUAUCGUUUUUUUUCCACAGAUCUUUAUCGAGUUUCUCUCGUUACAUAUUACUUAUAUUGCAUUUUUUUAUAACCUUUUUCAUGAUUUAUAAUCAUCUAUACCAUUUCAAAUGUUCAAAUAUAUUAUUUUGUUGAAGAGAGUAA